GUUCAUUCAGCGUCGGUUCUCGGGCCGGGGCUGACGCGCGCCGCUCGAGGGGAAUCCAGUGACUGCCGACGGCCGGCAGCGGACGGAGCGUGCUCCCAGCUGCUCCCGGCGGCGGACGGAACGUGCUCCCAGCUGCUCCCGGCGGUGCACGGAGCGACGGGGACGGAGCGCCACUCCUCUGCAGCAAGGGUCCCCUUCGGACGGUCGGGGAGGCACUGUGGCGCUGGUAUGGAUUUAUAAUCCAUCAUCGAGGCGCCCAGUGUGCGCCGGGCCAGCAGCCGGGAGGUCCCCUUCCUGCGUCACCGCUUCUCUGUAGCCGCUGUCUCACCACCAGUCACCGAGGACCGCCGCCUCUUCUCGUCGCCAUGGCAACCUGGCUGUUUGUUCUGCUCGUGCUGUCGCCGACGAUGCUGGCGCAGGAGCCGCCGUUUCAGUGUCAGAAAAUCACAAUCGCCAUGUGUCGCAAGAUCGGCUACAACGUGACCAUGAUGCCGAACCAGUUCUACCACGACACCCAGGAGGAGGCAGGUUUGGAGGUCCACCAGUACUGGCCACUGGUUGAGAUCAACUGCUCAGACGACUUGCAGUUCUUCCUCUGCGCCACGUACGUGCCCAUCUGCCUGGAGUCACACCAGCGCACCAUCCCCGUGUGUCGUUCCGUGUGCGAACGCGCCCGCGCCGGCUGCGAGCCGUUCAUGAUGACCUACGACUUCACGUGGCCCGAGCGACUCAACUGUGACCGGCUGCCCGAGUACAUGGACCCGGAGAACCUCUGCAUGGACAACAAGAACGGCCAGGCACCGCCGCCGCCGCGCCGGCCGCAGCCACCGCCGCCCUGCAGCUGCAAGUGCGAGCGGCCGCGCGCGGUGCCGCUGCAGCCGGGCCACCGCCUCUUCAACCGGUCCGUAUCGCUGGGCGAGGUGGCCGAGUGCGCGCUGCCGUGCCGCGCGCCUUACUUCUCCGCUGCGCAGCAUGAGUUUACGGAGCGUUGGGUGCUCAGCUGGGCGGUACUGUGUGCCGUCAGUACCGCCGUCACCGUGGCCACUUUUCUGAUCGACCGCAGCCGGUUCCAGUACCCAGAGAGACCCAUCAUCUUCCUGGCUGCCUGCUACUUCAUGGUUUCGGUCGGGUAUCUGGUACGUCUGGGUGCAGGUCACGAGCUCACCGCCUGCGACGGUGACCUGGUGCGAUACGAUGCCGCAGGAGGACCCGGCCGGCCGGCGGCUGCCGCUCUAUGCACCGUCGUCUUCCUCUUGGUCUACUUCUUCGGCAUGGCCAGCGCCGUGUGGUGGGUCGUGCUCUCACUCACAUGGUUCCUGGCUGCCGGACUCAAGUGGGGGAACGAGGUGAUCGCCGGCUACUCUCCAUACUUCCACCUAGCCGCCUGGGUGAUACCAGCCGGUAAGGCGAUCGCCGCGCUGGCCACUGCUGCCGUGGACGGCGACAGCCUCACAGGCAUCUGCUACGUUGGAGGCCAGAGCCUGGCCAACUUGAGAGGUCUGGUGCUGGCGCCGCUGGUCGCCUACCUCCUGCUGGGAACCUCCUUCCUCCUGGCCGGCUUCGUCUCCCUCUUCCGCAUCCGCAGCGUCAUCAAGCAGGAUCGCGGCAACCGAGACAAGCUGGAGAAGCUGAUGUUCCGCAUCGGCGUGUUCUCGGUGCUAUACACGGUGCCGGCCUCGGUGGUGAUCGCCUGUCUGGUGUACGAGCAGCACCAGCGACCCGCCUGGGAGCGGCGGCUCGUCUGUCCGUGCGAAGCCGAGCCGGACGAUGUGCCCAACUUCCACCUGUUCCUGCUGCGCUACUUCAUGUCGCUGGCAGUCGGCGUCACCUCCAUCAUCUGGGUGUGGUCGCGCAAGACGCUGCACUCGUGGUGCGUGCUGCUGGGCUGUCGGCGACCGCCGGCGCCGGCGCCGCUGGCCCGCAGGUACGAGGCGCCCACUUUGCAGUCUCUGCAGUCGGGCAAGACGGGCAGCGGACUGCCGGCUACCUCGUCACAGGGGCCGCUGAUGCAGUCCAACCUGACCUUUUCGCAGACGACAUCGCACACGCUGAGUGAGCCAAAUCCGGCACUCUCCCACAAGUCCCUGCCGCUUAGUCACGUCUGAGCGAGUGCCGGGUUAAUGAACUCUCGCACAAGGCCUGCCAGUCAGUCACUUUGAGUGGCGCCUGGUCAAAGGAGACUCGCGCAAUGAGGUGAAAUAACUGUGUGUGCUUCAGAUACUUUUCUCUGAAACUUCGGACUCUCAAAGAUGGGUUCUUAAACUGGUUUGAGAGCAUCAAGUGAGAGAUGGAUGUGUCCUAAGUACGUAAAUUGGAUGGCCGUGAUGAUAAUGAUGUUCAGUGGUUUUAUUAUGUAGCGUGUAUUAUUAGCAAUGAGUAUGCAAGUGACUAGCAUGCGACUCAAUGAUUCGCAGAGGUGGCUGAACGGUCGCCAGUGGCUGGAGAUGCUUUGGACUGCGAUAGGGCAACUCACGACAAACAAUGCUGUUUGUCUUGGCUUGGCACCUUUUGUGCAAUGAAAGCAUCGGAGAUGUUGCCGCCAGUCUUCAUCUCCGUGGUGACGUCCUCUGCGCCACAGCGCCAGUCAGCGCACUCAUGUUGAAGAAACUGGUAAACGGAAUCACAGGGUGUGUGGAACUGCAACAGUUCCUGGGAUUUACAGAUCGAGAUGCAAUGGAGCGUCUCCAGGCUGGCUGCACUCAGUCAGUGCUACUGAUUUGAUGUGUGUGAUUGAUUAAUGUGCUGAUGCAUGCAACGGGCGCAGAAAUGAUCUGAAUUAUUAUGACAGGGUCACACUUAUGAGUUACAAACUUUGUCUGAUUGAUAUAUUGGGUUUAGAGGACCAUCUAUAAGUCAUCUGACCCUAACUUUUACACACUCCAUUCAGAACCUUUCCAUCAUUAACUGCUGACUCCAUCGAAACCUAUCUCAUCCCAGUUUACGUCCCAGCUCCAAUCUCGCCAAAAUCCCGCCGCGGUGUCGGAGGCCGCAAUCUCGCUCCGCCGGCGCUCGCCCGACUGAUGCGCUGUUAUCUCCUCCGGGCUCGGCCCGACGGUGGUCUUCAGCGGUCGUCGACAGCCACAGGUACCGUUACGGCGGCAGCACCACCGGCUCUCGCCUCGCCACACGUCUGGCGGGCCCCGUAUUUCCCCCGGGUACAGUUUGACCGCGCCACCAUCCGCCCGCAAUCCCUCCUCCCUGCGCCCUCUGCCCUCUGCCCUCUGCCCGAAUCCACCGGCCUCGCUCCUGGAAUGUGUAAUAUUGCGUCUGCCAGACAGGGUGCACUGUGGCGCCGAGAGAGGUCAUGACCUUCUCAGUUUGAGACAGCUCCGAGCGAAUGUUUGCCGUCUGGCAACAAAGGCCAAAAUCAUGGACGAACCCGGCGUGGGCAUUUGCCGGAUGCUGCGCUUGACAGCCACGGCUGCAAUCUGUUCGACUCUCGACAUAUCAGUGCCGUGUAUUUUGUCGGUGGCUUGCUUCAGAAUCAUCGUCAAACUGCUUAGUGCUGUAGAUAUACACUGGGGGAGGUAAUGAACAAAUCGUAUUUCUAGUCAUGAGAAAGAUGCCUGCAUGUGAAAUUGCAGGAUAUUUUGCAUCAGACUCCUAUCCUUGAAGACAGGCCGACUGGUCCGUGAUUUCCAGAGCGUCAAUGGGGUACCUACGCCAGUAACCAUUUGUUGGAUGAUAUUACGAGAUCAUAGUCGUCAAUGCAUGUAUGUUUCGUAUAUCAUAUGUUUCAUGUAUGUAAUAUGCAUUUGUUGCAGCAAAUAUUAAGGAUCAUUUUAUGCAACCGAAAUGACUCACUAAGCAGGGUGUCGCCGUGUUCCGUGUUGGUAUAUGUGUUCAGAAUUAUUGUUUGACAACAGACAUCCAGACAACAAUAUCGUUGGGCAUUCCAUGUUGUGUCUUUUAACACACUCAAACAGUGUCAGCUACGUAUUAUAUUUUGAUAGGGUGCUUGGCGUAUCCAUUCUUGCUGAAUGUCGUAUAGAAUCGAUGUGCUCUCUUUUUAUGAAAUAUAAACUCGGAGCUUG